GUCGUCACUUGAAAACAGUUACUUAUUUAUAUAAUCUGGAAUGCUUUGUUUUCUUCCUAGUUUCUGAAGUUUUCGCUGUCAGUAUGUGGUUAUUAGGUCUCAUUUCUCUGUGUAGUUUCGUUUCCUUGAUCAGCGGAGAGAACUGUCUUCAAAAAAUCCUAAAAUGUUCCUCUUUACGAAAUACAACUAUUAACAGUUACGAAGGCUUAUUAGAGACGGAGGAAGCUCUUGCGGGUCUAUGCCGUGCUUUAAGACCAUACAUAAACUGCGUUUCUAGAGCUGCAGUAACUUGCAAUAAAGAACGACACUCCGUGAUGCAUAUGGCCAUGGUGGCUAAGCGACUAUUUCUAGCAGAAAUGUGUACAUAUGAUUCGACCUGGUGGAAAAAGUAUUUGGAAAGCUCUCGGUGUAUCAAUCAAGUACAAUUUAGCCACUGCACUUCUUCAGUUCCCAUCCUCUAUCAAGUAGACGCAACAAGCCUACAAAGUAGAUGUAGAGACCGUGAAGACAAUAUGAGAUGCUUUUCUACAGCUAUCUUAAUGCGUUGUGGUACUGAAGCAGCAACAUUAUUCCUGAGACUCGUGGUUUUAACUACAGAUGAUGAUUUCUUGUGUUCACCUAUUAGCAAUGGAGCUGUGAAAAACUAUUACGAAGGACAUGGAACAACUUCCCCAUAUAUUGCACAAGAAAGAACAGGUUUAGUUGCAGAAGAUGAAUUCCAAGCAAAUAUUAAGUAUGAUGCUAAAACUCCGAAAGUUUCACUAGUGAAACCUUUAAUACUGACUGCUGAAGAACCUUGUGAUACGGCAUCGAAUGGGCUUCCAAUUAGUUGUGCUAAUGAAUAUUAUUUUGACUAUGAAAAUGAUGCUGAGAACUCGGACUAUGAAUUGGUGGAAGGUUCUGCAUCUGGUGAUGUCGACGAAGACGUAACAAUUCCAGAGAUGACAGCCAAUUUAUCCCAUGACGUCUUUGUUACAGCAAUGCCCGUUGUUGAAAAUAUGAUAAAUCCGCAGUUGAACAUCAAAGCUUGUAAACAUUCAGAUGGAACUUUGCGCAUACAUUGGGAACAGCCUUUCGUAGCACCAUUUGAAAGCAUGAGAUGCCAUAAGACAAGUGACCAUGAGAAAAUGUUUGGAAAAUCAUUUAAAUGUGUUGUGGUUCUUUAAAUCCGCAUAUCAAGUCUAUGUAAUCUGAUUCAACUGCAAAAAUAGUCUAUAGACUAUCUCAUUUGUGUCUCAGUCCGAAGAGGAGAAAAAUUAGCGAACACAAAAUAUUGCUUCAAAUCGAGUUACUCUUGGAAAAAGUUGUGUCCUUUUUCUAAAUGACAAAAGUGCUCUGUGUAGAAAGUUCUACUCCAAAAUUAAAAAUCUAAAAAAUGCUAAAUGAAGAAAUAUUUGAACUGUUGCUUAAAUUCCUAAUGUCCGAUAUUUAAUACCAAGUUUAUUCUUAGUAAGAUGUUAGUUUAAAUUUGUUUUUAAUAAGCUAUUGGUGCAUUCAAUAAAGUCUUAAAACAUU